GGCAAACUGGCUGCACCGGGCGGCACGGGCUCCGGACCUGCUGUGCUCGGUCCGCGCUCGAGUCGUCCCCGCCCAUCUCUCGAGGCCGGCACGGGGAAGUGUCGGCUGAGCGUGGCGGCCGGCUGGGAGGAGCUGGAACAGGGCAGCGGGGAAGCUGGGCGGUGUCCCCCGCGGCGGCGGAGUGAGCAGGGCUUUUCCAUGAGUUGUUCAACACAUGUUACAACCAUGAUGGAUGAGAGUUGAAACACCUGCCUGCGUGGGAGCUCUGUACCCUUGGCUCUGCAUCUUCUGAUGGCAUUUUGAGGACAUCAAGGCCAAGUGACCAUCUGCUCAUGAUGAGCGACGAGAAGAACCUUGGUGUGUCCCAAAAGUUGGUCUCCCCUUCCAGAAGCACCAGCAGCUGCUCGUCCAAGCAGGGAAGCCGACAGGACAGCUGGGAAGUGGUGGAAGGCCUAAGGGGGGAGAUGAAUUAUACCCAGGAGCCACCAAUCCAGAAAGGAUUUUUGCUGAAAAAGAGGAAAUGGCCCUUAAAAGGCUGGCACAAGAGGUUCUUCUAUCUGGACAAAGGAAUCUUGAAGUACGCCAAGAGCCAAGCUGAUAUCGAGAGAGAGAAGCUUCAUGGCUGCAUCGAUGUGGGGCUCUCGGUGAUGUCUGUGAAGAAGUCGUCCAAAUGCAUAGACCUGGACACUGAAGAGCACAUCUAUCACCUGAAGGUCAAGUCCGAGGACAUUUUUGAUGAGUGGGUGUGCCGACUGCGGCACCACCGCAUGUACCGCCAGAACGAAAUCGCCAUGUUCCCACGGGAAGUGAAUCACUUCCUCUCGGUGUCCACCGUCCCAGACCCUGCUCCUGGGGUGUUUGACCCUAUUUCCAAUAGGAAGCGUAGCAGCAUAUCAAAGCAGAACUCAUUUCAAACCGGAAGCAACCUGUCAUUUUCUUGCGGGGAGCCGCGAGUUCCGCUCUGGUUGCAGUCUGCGGAGGACAUGGAGAAAUGCUCAAAAGACCUGGCACACUGCCAAGCGUUCCUGGCAGAGAUGAGUCAACUGCUGCAGAACAUGGACGUCCUGCAUCGCACGUAUUCGGCGCCGGCCAUCAACGCCAUCCAGGGUGGAGCUUUUGAAAGUCCCAAAAAGGAAAAAAGGCCGCACAGGAGGUGGCGGUCCCGCGCUCUUGGCAAAGAUGCUAAAGGAACGCUGCAGGUCCCUAAACCUUUCACUGGCCCUGUGAGACUGCACUCAUCCAAUCCGAAUUUAUCAACUCUGGAUUUUGGAGAAGAAAAAAAUUAUUCUGAUGGCUCUGAAACCUCUUCAGAGUUUUCUAAGAUGCAGGAAGAUCUGUGUCAUAUUGCACAUAAAGUUUACUUCGCUUUAAGGUCGGCUUUUAAUACCAUAUCAAUGGAGCGGGAGAGACUGAGGCAGCUGUUGGAGCAGGAUGCUGUGACGUCCCCUUCGGCUCAGGUCCUCGGCCUGAAGCAUGCCCUGUCAUCCGCCCUAGCACAAAACACAGAGCUUAAAGAACGCUUGCGCAGAAUCCAUGCCGAGUCCCUGCUCCUCGAUCCCCCCACCGGUGCCACGUCCAGUGACAACCUGGCAGAGGAAAACUCUGGCGAUGAGAACCGGGCCCUGGUUCAUCAGCUGUCUAAUGAGAGCCGACUCUCCAUCACCGACUCUCUGUCAGAGUUCUUCGAUGCCCAGGAAGUUCUCCUGUCUCCAAGCUCUUCAGAAAAUGAGAUUUCUGAUGAUGACUCCUACGUCAGUGACCUAAGCGACAAUCUUUCUGUAGACAACAUCAGCAAUGAUUUGGAGAAUGAGAGGCAGACCUUAGGGCCCGUGCUCAGCGAGCGUGGGGAGGUGAAGUCCCAGCGAAGGACCUGCCUGCCGGCGCCAUGCCCCAGCUCCAGCAGCGUCAGCCUGUGGAACAUUCUGAGGAACAACAUUGGCAAGGACCUGUCCAAGGUGGCCAUGCCCGUGGAGCUGAACGAGCCCCUGAACACGCUGCAGCGGCUCUGUGAGGAGCUGGAGUACAGCGAGCUCCUGGACAAGGCUGCCCAGACGCCCAGCGCCCGCGAGAGGAUGGUGUACGUGGCCGCCUUUGCCGUGUCUGCCUACGCGUCCAGCUACUUCCGGGCUGGGAGCAAGCCCUUCAACCCAGUUCUGGGAGAAACGUACGAGUGCAUUCGCGAGGACAAAGGCUUCCGCUUCUUUUCGGAGCAGGUCAGCCACCAUCCACCUAUCUCUGCAUGUCACGCUGAGUCUGAGAAUUUUGUUUUCUGGCAAGACGUGAGGUGGAAAAACAAAUUCUGGGGCAAAUCCAUGGAAAUUGUUCCCAUCGGCACAACACACGUGACUCUGCCAGCCUUUGGAGAUCAUUUCGAGUGGAACAAGGUGACCUCCUGCAUCCACAAUAUCCUAAGUGGCCAGAGGUGGAUUGAGCACUACGGCGAGAUCGUCAUCAAGAACCUGAGCGACGACUCCUACCACUGCAAGGUCAACUUCAUCAAGGCCAAGUACUGGAGCACCAACGCCCACGAGAUCGAAGGCACAGUGUUUGAGCGCGGGGGGAAGGCGGUGCUCAGGCUGUUUGGGAAGUGGCACGAGAGUGUCUACUGUGGUGGCGGCUCCUCCUCCACCUGCGUGUGGAGAGCAAAUCCCAUGCCGAAAGGCCAUGAGCAGUAUUACGGCUUCACCCAGUUUGCCCUGGAACUGAAUGAAAUGGACCCAUCGUUGAAGUCUUUACUGCCGCCCACUGACACUCGGUUUAGACCAGACCAAAGGUUUCUAGAAGAAGGGAAUGUGGAGGAAGCAGAGGCCCAGAAGCAGAGGAUCGAACAGCUGCAGAGGGAGCGGCGGCGGGUCCUGGAGGAGAACAACGUGGAGCACCUUCCGCGAUUUUUCAGGAAGUCCAGCAACGACUCCUGGGUGAGCAACGGCACCUAUCUGGAACUGAGAAAAGACUUGGGCUUCUCCAAACUGGACCAUCCCGUCCUGUGGUGACCAAGGAGAGCAGAAGAAAGUGGCCUUCUCCGGUGUCUGCUUUGAGAAGCAGCGCACGCCUGGCUCCACGUUUCAAAGAUGUGAUCUAGGGUGAUCCCUCGUGCUUAGCUUAGCAUUGUGUUUAAGUCUGUGCAUCCCCAGUGGGUUUCUUUAUCAUUUUCCAGAAGUGCUGUCGUGGUUGUUGAUAUGAAUGUAGGACACCUUGGCGUUUGUUUUUAUAUAUGAGCUAUUUAAUAAAAAAGAAAGCUGGAAUGUUAA